AUGCUCGCCUCCUCCGUCGCCCGGGCCUCGAGGAGCUCCAUGGUCCCAGCGACACGUCAAGCUAUCCGCGCCGCGCCCGCCGUGUGCCUCCAGACCCGCCAGGCACACGCCAUCUCCAACCCGACCCUCGCCAACAUCGAGAAGCGAUGGGAGGACAUGCCCCCUCAGGAGCAGGCUGACCUGUGGAUGUCGCUUCGUGACCGCAUGAAGGUGGACUGGAAGGAGAUGACGCUCCAGGAGAAGAAGGCCGCAUACUACAUCGCUUUCGGUCCCCACGGCCCCCGCCGACCCCCGCCCCCGGAUGAGGGCCGCAAGGUCUUCUUCCUCGCUGCCGGUGUCAUCGCUGCUGCCGUUGGUGUCUUCUCCAUCACCCGUCUCUUCGCCAACCCCGUACGACCGCGCACCAUGACCAAGGAGUGGCAGGAGGCUACCGAGGAGUACAUGAAGGCACAAGGAACCGAGCCCAUUACGUUCAAGCCCGGCAUGAUGGUCCAGAGCAAGUCGGAGAAACACCUCCCCGCGCGCGAGAAGCUCAACGACGAGUAA